CGAUAAGUUAAGGUACGAUUGCGGCGUAACAACCAAACAACGCGUCAACAUCGCGCAAUAAAUGUAUUAUUUCCUUUUCUGUCUUAUCUCGGGUGCGACUUCCAUUCCGAGGGCGCUCGGCUUAUUGACCUUUAGUGACUAGUUACCUGUGUCAGUCAGUGUGACUAGCACUGUGCCUUUUAGUUCCACUUAUAACAGCUCCAUUCCAAUGCUCUCCCGGCUUAUCUUCCUCAGGCCCCGUUCCACUGUACCAUCCUCCCAGUACCUUCAGUAUAAAACAUUCCCCCACCCUAAUACUCCUUCAUGUCUCCUUCAACCCAACCUCUAUCUUCACCCACCACGUCCACCACAUCACCGAUAGACACUCCCACCCUCGUUGACUCACUGUCGAAAGACCUGCGUGCUCAUAACCUUGCUCGGGUCCAUGCUCAUAAGACUGUAGAGCUAUCGAGAAAGAAGGAACGCAAGGAGCGAAGCGCUCUGUUUAAGGCUGCCGGAAUCCUGAUGCCUAGUCGACGUGGCACGGGUGGAGGCGGGGUAAAGCAGGGACGUCGCAACUUCAAGGGCAGGGGCCUCGAUGACGUGGACGCAGAUGUGGACGGUAGUAUGGACUACACAAUGGAGCUUGCCAUUGACGCAUCACUGAGGUCGUCCCAGAAUGCACACAGCCCUGUCAGCUCGCUGUCAGAGGUUUCACUGUCCUCUCUACUGUCCACCAAGCGUAAGAAGGCGUCAAGGACUAAGGACACAGAAUAUGAAGUUAUACCGCGCGUGCGUCCCGUCAUCGUACUCGACGAAAUCGACGAGUCGAGCUCGGACAUGGAGCCCAACGAACCGUGGGAGCACGUCCCUCGAACAGGUGAGGAGUCCAAGGAUGCACCGUGGAAGAACGGUCUGUCGUAUGCCCUCGUCCUUUCUGCUUAGGAGUGUCGCUGAGUUUGGGGAUUCGUAAUUAUUUGAGAUUUGGCACUUCGAGUUCGCCACAUAGACUGAUAUGCAUAUAUCCCUACUUUCCUUGAGUAGUGUUUUCGGUUUUACUUGACAUCCCCUUCCAGUUCUAGUUCGCUAAUCCCUACUUUUGUUACCUGAAUAACGUGUAGACAUGAAGUUCCGAAAUGAGGUGUAGAUUGUGUUCUCAACGAGGAUCCUAAAGAGAACGAACCGCGCAAAACAAAGUGAAAAUGACCCAAUAAAUGGUCGUAAUGCUAUAUCUGAAUAUUCACCGACUGAAUUCCAAGUAGCAGUGCUUUCAGUUGUGUCCCUCUUCUUUCUUUCAAUGAACAUGGCGCGACGGCUGAGUUCAAUCCAAAGCCUCUGACACUGAGGCGCGAACACUAUCGCCGCAAGGUCGCGAAUUUGCUGAGAAUAGAAAGAGACUGUACGAAGCA